UAAUAAGGAGAGCUGGACCCCAAUCCACAAACAGAAAAGAAUGAAAGAGAUAAAAUCUUCAAAACUUGGUGCUGAGAAGCUUUGAGCAUGGCUAGCUGCAGUCCAGUUUUCUCACCCACUUUGCUCCCAUUUUCUUCCACAAUAAAACCUUCCAAGUGCCCUUACUUUCACUAUAAAACCAAAGAACUAUUGGUUCCAUCAAUCUCAGUGGCUUCAAUCUCAUACCCACUACCACCGCAGCCCCUAAAUGUGGACUACUUGGAGAAUGAGUUCAGUGGCCAUGGAGUCACUUUUGAAGGUAUUGGAGAAAGCUGCGUUGCCAAGAUGGGUUUGGAAAAUGGAAGCUCUGCCAUCUUGAUGCUGCCAAGUGGCUUGAUCACAUCCUAUAAGGCUGCCAUGUGGCAUGGAGGCACUGAUGAGUUGCUGCACUCUUCCGUCUCAGAGGACGCUAGUGGUGCUGCUGCUAUUGAAGGAGGGGUGUCCUUAGCCUUUAACUUAGCAAGUUUUGAUGGUGAUGGUGAUCAAGUUUCAUGUACUCCAACUAACUGGGCUGUUCAGGACAUUAGAGGGGAUUCCAAGGACUCAAUUCAGGUAGAAUUGAUUUGCCCUGAUGCAGAGGACAUGGUUGAACUCAAAUACAUUGUGACUCUCGAAGAAGAUGUCUUAAGCUCGGAACUUGUCAUCUCAAACUCUAAAGCUUCACCGCUCCAACUGACAGGAUCUAUUUUAAGCCAUUUGACAGUAAGCUCACCAGACGCUACUUUUGCAAUCGGAUUAGAAGGAUCAGAUUUUAUUGGCCGGAGGCCAUUUUUGUCAAAUUUUAGUAUAAUUCCUCCAGACUUUGGACAGAAAAAGAUAUUUGGUUUCAGCCAACUAUGGAACCAAAUAUCACUUUGGGGUCCAAGAAAUGAAAAUAAUGUUGAUGAAACCAAAAGCAUUGAAAGCGAAACUGAAGAAGAAAUAGUGGGUGAAGAAAAUGACGGCUACAAGCAUUUGAGAGAGCAAAUGAGUCAAAUAUACACCAGCGCACCUCGGAACUUCACAGUCAUUGAUAGGGGUAGAAGAAACUCAAUAAUAGUAGGAAGAGAAGGGUUCGAUGAACUAUACAUGUUCAGUCCUGGCUCAAGUCAUGAAUGCUAUGGCAAAUAUGCUUAUAUAUGUGUAGGCCAAUCAGCCAUGCUCAAACCAAUAAUCAUAGGCCCUGAAGAAGUAUGGAGGGGAGGACAGAACUUGCACAAUCCAAAUACCUAAUUUUCACUUGAAGCUUUUGCUUUUAUCCUAUUUGUAGGCAGAGUAUCAUCUUUAAGGUGAAAGGGUAACACAAAUUUUAUGUAUUUUAACUCAUUUAUAUAAGAAACUUUAUUCUAUUGAUGUUUA